AUAAUAUGGAUCCAGUUGAAUCAGGGUUUACGGUUUUUUGUUAAAAUUGAUUCGAGUUUAAAUCGUGUUGAAUUGAGAGAGAUGUCGGAUCGGAAACGGCCGCGACUUGGCUUCGGCGAUACAGUCCAUUGCUAUGGCCCUAACUCCUUUAAAUUGCUAUGUUUACCUGUACCUAAACGUGGCCAAGUUAUGGGCCUCGUGGGAAGUAAUGGCAUUGGGAAAUCUACUGCACUUCAAAUUUUGUCUGGCUUGUUGAAACCUAAUUUGGGACGCUUUGAAAAUCCUCCCGACUGGCAAGAAAUUUUGGAUCAUUUUAAAGGAACUAAGAUGAAAAAUUACUUCACCCGUAUUGUUGUGGAUAAUCUAAAGGUAAUCACUAAGCCUCAGUGCCUCAACAAUCUCCUUAGAGAUUAUUAUAUAGCCACCGUUGGGGAAAUUCUAUCUCAGGCAGAUGCGAGAGAUAUGAAGCAACAACUUGCGGUUGACCUUGGAUUGAUUCAUAUUAUGGACCGUAAGUUGGGAAUUUUAUCUACUGGAGAACUUCAGAGGGUUGCAAUAGCAUAUGCUGCUGUACAUAAUGCAGAUAUCUAUUUAUUUGAUGAGCCGUCAACUUGUCUUGAUAUUAAACAAAGAUUAAAAGCUGCCCAAGUUAUCAGAUCCUUGGUUCGACCAAAUAACUAUGUGAUUGUGGUAGAGCAUGACCUUGUUAUGCUUGAAUAUUUGUCGGACUUCAUAUGCUGCUGUUUUGGGAAACCUGGUAUAAGUGGGGCAGUUACUCUUCCAUACUCUUUCAAAGAAGGAAUUGAUAUUUUCCUUGCUGGAUUUGUGCCCGGAAAGUAUAAGUUUAGACAUAAAUCUCUUAAAUUUAAGGUUAAGAUUCAACGUGUAAGUGGUGAGCAAAUUGAAACAGGUGCAAGGCACAAGUAUCCAAGCGUGACGGUCACUCAGGGAAGAAAAUUCAAGCUCAAGGUUAUGGAGGGUGAAUUCAGUGAUUCAGGAAUUAUUGUGCUGCUCGGAGAAAAUGGAACAGGAAAGACAACCUUCCUACGGAUACUGGCUGGCAUUUUUGAGCCUCGUACAGUAGAAUGUGAUGUGGAAAUUCCCAAGUUCAAUGUCUCUUUCAAGCGACAGAAUGUCGGUAUUGUUUCUGAGCAUACUGUGAGAAGGUUUUUCCUUUCAAACAUUCGUGACUCAUACAAGGAUCCUCAGUUUGUACGUGAUGUGAUGAAGCCUCUGUUAUAUAAAAACUUUAUUGAUAAAAAGCUUCCGAAUCUCUGUCUUGAAGAAUUUCAGAGGGUUUCACUCAUUGUUUGUCUUGGAAAGCCAGCUGAUAUAUAUUUGAUAGAUGAACCAAGCACAUAUCUAGACUUGGAGCAGAGCAUCAUUGUUUCGAAAAUCAUAAAGAAAUUCAUACAUCGAGUGAAGAAGACUGCACUUGUUGUGGAGCAUGAUUUCACCAUGGCAACAUACCUUGCUGAUAGGGUGAUGGUGUUUGAGGGGAAUCCGUCCGUUGAUUGCGUUGCCAAUCCACCUCAAUCAGUAUUGACUGGAAUGAACCGCUUCUUAUCUCACCUGGAUAUGAUCACACUCAGAAAGGACCCCACAAAUUUUCUGCCUAGAAUCGUCAACAGAUUUGAGUCGAUCGAGGAUCGGGAUCGGGAGUCUCACUAUUAUAUGGAUGACUAACUUUGCAGCAAUAUGCUUCCUGGUUACCACAUUUUGGAGCACCUGGAUGUCAACAGAAUGGUGCUAUGCAUGUUUAGUUGAUGGUUUGUAGUUAAUAUUUGAAUGCUUUUGAGUUUUGAGCACCUUGAUGUCAACAGAGUGGUGUAUAAGUCAUACUAUUUCUUUAUCUUUAAGUAAACUUAACUAUAUGCUUA